AGAACUCGGAGGGCACGUGACCGGAAGUACGAAGGCGGGCCUGAGGAGCACGUGACCCCAGAGCACGGCCGCCAUGACACCUUCCGCUAGUUCCCUCCCUCCUCCGCCGGUGCCCGCCUGUUUCAUUUCCUCUCGCCGGCUUUAAGCGGUGAAAGGUCCCAGGAACUUGGCUGUCUCACCCCUUUGGCCUAGAGCUCCUCCGGUCCCGUUCGGCGCUGCGUCUUCGGCCGGCAGCGGGCAGGCCGCAGAGAGCGUAAUCGCGACCGCGGCCGAAGGGGGAGGGACCACGCGCAAGCAGGGCGUAACCCGUCACGUGACGAGGAAGUGCCGUUAACAGAUUUGUCCCGGCGUCCCCGGCGCUCCGGGAUGACGUAAGCCUGGGCGGGGAGGAGUAGGAGGGAAGACUGAAGCUCAGGUGCGGCUCUUAGCGCGCGGUUGUAUUCAGGAUCACUGUGCCUGUCCCUCAACGUAGUUUCAUCUAUCUGGGUAAAUGACUUUUGUGCCAGUGAUACCAGAGUCCUACAGCCAUGUUCUUGCAGAAUUUGAGUCUCUGGAUCCAUUACUUUCAGCCCUGAGGCUGGACUCUGCUCGUCUAAAGUGCACGAGCAUAGCCGUGUCUCGAAAAUGGUUGGCUUUGGGCAGUUCAGGAGGAGGACUCAACCUCAUUCAGAAAGAAGGCUGGAAGCACAGGCUUUUUCUUUCUCACAGGGAAGGUGCAGUUUCUCAGAUCGCCUGCUGUGUACAUGAUGACGACUAUGUUGCCGUGGCUACCAGUCAAGGUCUUGUAGUUGUUUGGGAAUUAAAUCAAGAGCGUCGUGGGAAACCAGAACGAAUUUAUGUGUCUUCAGAACACAAAGGCCGAAAAGUUACAGCUCUCUGUUGGGAUACAGCUAUUCUUAGAGUAUUUGUAGGUGAUCAUUUGGGAAAAGUUUCUGCCAUCAAACUCAACACUUCUAAGCAAGCAAAGGCAGCCGCUGCCUUUGUGAUGUUUCCUGUUCAGACAAUCACGACAGUUGAUUCCUGUGUCGUCCAGUUAGAUUAUUUGGAUGGAAGACUCCUUGUAUCUUCGCUUACUCGAUCCUUCUUGUGUGACACUGAGAGAGAAAAAUUUUGGAAAAUUGGAAACAAGGAAAGAGAUGGAGAAUAUGGAGCUUGUUUCUUCCCGGGAAGGUGUUCUGCAGGCCAGCAGCCCCUAAUAUACUGUGCUCGCCCCGGCUCCAGGAUGUGGGAGGUGAACUUUGAUGGAGAAGUUUUAAGCACACAUCAGUUUAAGAAGCUCCUCUCCUCACCACCUCUUCCUGUGAUUAAUCUAAGAUCAGAACCUCAGUAUGAUCAUACGAUUGGAUCCUCCCAGUCUUUGUCUUUCCCCAAACUCUUACAUGUUAGUGAGCAUUGUGUGCUGACUUGGACAGAAAGAGGAAUUUAUAUUUUCAUUCCUCAGAAUGUUCAAGUUCUUCUUUGGAGUGAAGUCAAAGAUAUUCAGGAUGUGGCUGUUUGCAAGAAUGAGCUGUUCUGUCUACACCUGAAUGGGAAGGUCUCACAUCUCUCCCUGUUGUCUGUGGAGCGCUGUGUGGAACGUCUGAUAAGGAGAGGCCUGUGGAACCUGGCUGCUCGAACUUGCUGUCUUUUCCAAAAUUCUGUCAUUGCCAGCAGAGGAAGAAAAACUUUAACUGUAGAUAAAUUGGAACACUUGAAAUCUCAGCUGGACUUAACAGCCUGUGGUGAUCUAGUUUCCCAACUGGAAGAGUUGAUCUUAAAAUUGGAACCUUUGGAUUCAGCCUGUAGCAGUAGAAGAAGCUCCAUUUCAUCACAUGAAAGUUUCAGCAUCUUGGACUCUGGUAUUUAUCGUAUCAUUAAUAGUAGAAGAGGCAGUCAGUCAGAUGAAGACUCUUGUUCCCUUCACAGCCAGACACUCUCAGAAGAUGAGAGACUUAAAGAGUUCGCCUCACAUCAAGAAGAGGACCAACCAGAUCAUUGCUGUGGCUCUCAGGGAAGUGAAGAUAACGUUUCUCACGCAUCAGUGGCGUUUGAGACGGAUAAAAGUGAAACUUUGCUCCCCUUCGGCAUUCCAUUAUCAUUUCGUUCUCCGUCUCCUCUUGUGUCUCUUCAGGCCGUCAAGGAGAGUGUUUCCAGCUUUGUGCGUAAAACUACUGAGAAGAUUGGCACCCUUCAUACAAGCCCUGAUCUGAAAGUGAGACAAGAACCUAGGGGUGAUGAGCAGUCCUGUGAAGAGGAUGUGAGUCCAGUCACUCGCCCAAAGGAGGAAGACACUGAAGAAAAAGAAGAAAUAGCUAGUUGCCUUCCAGAAGAGGACAAGUUCCAAGAGCUCACAGUGGCAACAGCAGAAGCAAUGACCAAGCUACAGGACCCACUGGUUUUAUUUGAACCGAACUCCCUGAGAAUGGUUUUACGGGAGUGGCUUUCACAGUUAGAAAAGACAUUUGCCAUGAAGGACUUUUCCUGCAUUUCAGAUACUGGCAGCUCAUCCACGGAAUCAAACCAGGAUAUGCUAUUGCUUGAUGAGUCAAAAAAGGGAAUAUUAGAUGAAGAAUAUGAAAAAGAAGAAAGGGACUCUUUAGGCAAUGAAGAAACUAUUGAUCAAAUAGCAUGUGAAUCUGUAAAUAGUCUGAGGGAGCCCUUGGAUGAUGACGUUUUCCAAAUAUGUUCUCCUUGGAGUAUAGCAGACAGUCUUCAGAAGGAUCUGGCCGAAUUGACAACAUUGUGUUUGGAACUGAGUGUAUUCAAUUCUGAGAUCAAAAGUACCGGUGGGCAUGGCGACCACACUCUGCAGCAGUGCUCUCUUGAAAUGCUGACUUGUCAGUUCCUAAAGAAGUACUUUUUUCUUCUGGAUUUGAAAAGAGCAAAGGAGAGCAUCAAGCUGAGUUACCCUAAAAGUCCUUGUGUUUGGGAUACUUUUAUUGAAGGAUUGAAAGAAAUGGUGAGUUCCAGUCCUACACAUAUAAAGAUGGAAGAAGGAGACCUUCCAACAAGAUUAAAGUUAUUGGAGGACUCGGUUCCUUUUGACAGUCCUUUGUUGAUUGUGUAUGCUGCCCGAUUGUAUGAGAAAUUUGGAGAAUCAGCCCUUCGAUCCUUAAUCAGGUUUUACCCAUCCAUUUUGCCUUCAGAUGUCAUGCAACUUUGUCAUCAUAAUCCUGUUCAGUUUUUGGCCUAUUUAGACAGUCUGGUGAAAUCAAGGCCCGAAGAUCAACGGCCAUCCUUCCUUGAGUCCCUUCUACAACCAGAGUCUCUAAGGUUGGAUUGGCUGCUGUUGGCUGUGUCCCAUGAUGCUCCCCCAAGCACCAGCACUAUGGAUGAUGCCGGAAACCCCAGGCCUCAUUCCCACUUGUUUUCCUGGGGUUACAGUCAGCUCAUCCUUCAUCUGAUUAAACUUCCUGCAGAUUUUACAACAAAAGAGAAAAUGGCUGACAUCUGUAGGUCUCAUGGUUUCUGGCCUGGAUAUCUUAUUCUCUGUUUGGAGCUGGAGAGAAGAAGAGAGGCCUUCACCAACAUUGUGUAUCUGAAUGAUAUGAGCCUGAUGGAAGGGGACAAUGGUUGGAUCCCAGAAACUGUGGAAGAGUGGAAGCUUCUCCUGCAUCUGGUGCAGAACGCAAGCACAAAGCCAGCCCCCCAGCAGUCACCAGAUGGGAACUUCAGCGAUGGGCCUUCCCCUAUCACUAUGGAGAAUGUGGCCCUCCUGCUGGCUAAGGCCAUGGGCCCAGACCGGGCCUGGUCACUGCUCCAGGAAUGUGGUUUGACCCUGGAGCUGUCAGAGAGGUUUACCAGAACCUGCGAUAUCCUGAGAAUUGCCGAGAGGAGGCAGAGAGCCUUGAUACAAAGCAUGCUCGAGAAAUGUGAUCGGUUUCUCUGGUCUCAGCAGGCCUAGUGAAAAAGAUGCAGCAGGGUGUCACGACAUGUUGAGAAAGACUGAGCUGUGCUCCCGAGCCUCCUGAACACACUUGUUCUUGAAGGAAAGGCCCCACCGGGGAUCCCAGCACCUUUUGGGGAGCGCCUUCAUCCCUGUCUGUUACCUCUGCAUUUGUGGCUCGAUUUGUGACCUCAGUGUUUUUCAACCAAAGUUGGAUUUUGAAAGGAAUCAGUCCUUGUUUGCUAAAACAAAAUGCUCUGGAAGGAAGCAGAAUGUGAAUAUCCCCAGCUAUGCAGCCCUUAUGCUGGACAAUGGAAUUAUUGGUUCCUUGUUGGUGGACUAGGGUGAUUCUUUUCAUGUCAUGACUGCUAUGCAGGGAGCAAAAGUUUCUCAACCUGGUCAUAUGAAGACAUACCAUGUAGUUGAUAGAAAUUGAAUUCCUUUCUUUUCUUCUCUGGGAUACUUGAGAAAUUACCAAAGUAAGACCUGGUAGAAUGUAAUUAACACAUAAAAUAAGUGAAACACUGAAGAUUCAAAUUAAAUGUAAAAAUGAAAAUUAAUAUUUUAAUUGAGCUAAUUUAGAAUAUAUUUUUUUCUAGUACUUGAUAUUUUCUAGUUGAACCUAUAUAAAACUAAUUCAUUACUAGAGCUGUUUUACUCCAGUCUUUCCUAAAUAAAGUAGCCCAAAGGAAUCAUGCACUUUUAAAAUUUGUUUUUUAAGGACCAUGAUACAGGCAGGCUGAGUAUUGAUAAAGACAAUAGCAAGUGCUUGUGUUAUUUAAGCCAGGUACUAGAUUACCAUUUUCAGGCUUCUGUGUACUUAACACAGCAUGUUUUAUUAAUAAUAAAUGUAAAAUCUGAUUUAAAAUGUUACUUGAUUAGAAUGUAGACAUGAGGUUCAUUGUGUGUAAUUUUCAGGAGAGUGUGAUAUAAACUCAGCAUGGAAUAGGCAAAAUGUUGUAUACAUUGAAUGAUUCACUUCUUUUUUUUUUUUUUUCAUUUAUAACACAGCCAGAGAACUAGAGACACAAAUUGCCGACAGUUUAGAGAGUUAAUUCCUUCCUAACUGUUAGGAAAUCCUAACAGUUUUGGUCACCGGUGUGUGGCAAGGUGUGUGUGUUGUGUGUUUCCCCACACCAAGGGAUUCUCCAGUACCAGCUGAGUGUCCUUUCCACUCAACAGAAAGUCACUCCAGAGAUGGCAUUGAAUUCUGCAGGUUAAGGGCUCGUUUCCACAAAACUGCCAGCACCUAAGAUGCCAGUCACAAGUCCAGGUUGUACACUGUACGAGCGUCCCUCUUUUUAUUGCACUUUGUUUUAUUGUUCUUUGCAGAUACUGUUUUUUUUUUUUUAAACAAAUUGGAGAUUUGUGGCAGCCUUCCAUUGAGUAAGUCUAUCAGUACAGUUUUCCAACAGCAUUUCCUCACUUUGUGUCUCUGUCACAUUUUUGUGAUUCUUACAAAAUACAGAGUUUUUCACUAUUA